AAUGAUGAAAGAAGGCCUUAUACCCGAAGCACCCAGUGAUUUGGAGAAAGAAGAAGUCGAUGAACUAUGGGCAGAUGGGUUUGCCAUGGAAAAAUAUAUGGCAGAAAAAGAAUGGGACGAAGAAAAGGAUAGGUUUCAAGACGAAUUUACUUACAAGUUUGAUAAAAUCAAACGUCAACUAGGCACGCAAUUUACUCAGCUCAGAUUGAAGCUCGUGAACAAGAGUUUGAAGCACAAGAGGGAAUUGCUCGAACAGCUAUACGCUGCCAGAACUAAGGAGUUGGAAGAGCAAUUGAAUAAAACCCACCAAUCUCUGCAACACAAGCUUUACGAUAAUUGGAAUCAAGAAAAAGCCCACGCUAAGAAUCAAUUCAAAAAACAGAUAGCUCGUUUUGAAAUUCUGGACAAAGAAAAAAGCCGGGCACGGGAAAUCGAUAGGAUUAAAGAACUCGACGCCGACCGAAACAGAUUGGAAAAGGAGUGGAGACAAAGGUUCAUAGCCGCAUUUCAUUCCUGGGAUUCUUAUGUCAAAAAUAAUUUGGAAGUCGAAAUUAACGAAGAAUGGGACUUGAUGAAAAAUAAAGCUAUCAUGAUCUUCAGGGAAAGCCUAAAUAAGUCGUUAAAGGAUUUUGUAAAGGAACAGACGGAACAGGAGAUUAUUUUCCAAGAGCAGACUUCAUACAUGAAGGAAUGGGUCCUGAGCGAAUACGAUAAGUUGAGAUGGAAAACUCUUUCCGCCUUAGAACAUUCGUCUUCCCACGCUUACGGAGAGUUUGAAAUAGAGAGGGUUGACAAAGUCAAGGAUUUUUUCUCAUCUUGGGCUGAACCUGAGGGUGAUUUAAAGGAAUGGGAAAGAAGAAGGAUGGAAGCUCUGGCCGAAUUCAAAAAGGAUAGAGAAAAGGUUUUAUGUCAAAGCGGACCAGAUGAGUUAACAAAUGUGCCCUCCAACGUUCCCCCCAUUAGCUCCAUCUAUAAUAAAUUUAUGAAAAGUUUGCAAAACAGUCCAAGUCCAAUGCCGGAUGAAAAAAUAGGAGAUAAAGCUGAAAAGCAACCUAUAAAAAGCAGACCUGAUAGCUUUGUGAUUCAGUUUGGGAUUCCUUCUGAUACUUUCAAACCAAUGAUGACUGAUAAUAGCUUGCCCAUAAUAGAUAAGAAUUUCAAAGAUAUUGAACCUGUAUUGCCCGUCGUUAAAGAGCUUUCAAGUUAUAAAAUUGAUGAAAGACCUGCUAUGACUGAUAGCGCGUCUAUAAUUGAAAGAAGUUUCAAAGUGGUUGCCCCUGUAAUGCCCAUCGUUGAAGAGCUUUCAAGUUUUAAAAUUGAGGAAAGACCUGCUAUGACCGAUAACGCGUCAAUAAUUGAGAGAAGUUUUAAAGAUGUAGCACCUGAAGCAACGGUGGUCAAAAAACCUUCAAACAUAGAAAUUGAUGAAUGGUCGAUAGACAAUUUAGAAAAUGUUCACAUAACAGAUACAUUGUCCCUAAUGCCGAAUGUAAUAAAGGAACCAUCUCUUCCUAAAAUUGAUCAAACUUUAACUAAUGUCGAAAAUUCGGCGAUUCAAACUAAAACCAAUAAGACUGAAGAUUUGGAAGAUGCAAAUAUUCCUGAGCAAGAGGCACAAUUUACUACAGUUCCCUCGAUAUUAAAAACAGGAAAAGUGAUUUCAACGAUUAUAAAUGGCAAUAAAGAUCCCAUUCCGCCUGCAAAAAUACCUCCACAUGUACGAUCAUCGAUCGAUUUUAAUGAGCUUAGGAAUAGCAUUCAUAUCUCCACCAAAAGUAAAACCAAUAAGGCUGAAGAUUUGGUAGAUGCAAAUAUUCCUGAGCAAGAGCCACAAUUUACUACAGUUCCUUCGGUAUCAACAGGAAAAGUGGUUUCUACGAACAAAAAUAGCAAUAAAGAUCCCUUUGGGCCAGAAAAAAUACCUUCACAUGUACGAUCAUCGAUCGAUUUUAAUGAGCUUAGGAAUAGUAUUCAUAAGUCCAAGAAUAGUAAAUCUUCACUUCUCGAUAUCGGCAAAAGCGAUUUGCACACCAGUAAAAAAUUUGAUAAGUAUUCUGAUUCUUUUUCUGAUGCAAAUUUGUUGACUAAAAGUGUAACUUCCCCUCCACCCAGUUCGAUUGAUUCAAAGCAAACUGGAAGAAGUGGAAAGCCCUCUGUCGCUCAAAACAGUGUCUUUAGUGAAUUUAAUGGAAGUAUUGACGAACCUUUAGAUAUGUCUAAGCUGAAAAAAAGGCAAGCCGCUAACUACGAUUCAUUUGACGAAGAAGAUAAUUAG